AUGUUCCUCACUGCAAUGAAUCCUCCAAUCCAGAGAUCGAAUGGCAUUCCAAUUGAUGGUAUGGGCAUCAUCUCGAGACCAGCCACACGGAGAAUUCGUCAAAUAUCCUUGUGUUCUAAGAAUAACGACGACAAAGUUACAUGUAUGGUGUAUGGAAGUCCAGUCUAUGUGGGUCCUGAUCCUGUCCUGAAGAAGUCCAAAAAUGAUCUGCGCAGAAGACCCAUGAAGAAGAAGGAAGCGAAGGUACUCCCUAAGCGUGCUUCCAAGACCUGCUUGCAACCUUGGACUAGAAAAAGCAGCCGCACCAAGAUGAAUAUCUCUUCCAGGAACAGGAGAGGCAGUCUCACGAAGAUCUCGGAUACCCCCAAAGUCCCUUGCCGCAAACCAAGUAACCAUUUCUUGAGGGAAGGCUUCGAGGCACAUGGUGACUUGAAUCCAGGUAGAUCAUACAACAUCACAACACGGUCCCGGUCUCGACUAAUAAUGGCUAGCAACGUGAUGGAUUCUCAUCCAAGGGCACCCAGCCGCAAGGAAAGCAUUCCCUCAAAUCUCCAAACGACAGCAUCAGAUGAGGCACCUGGUAUUCCUCAACGCAAGGCAAGCAAUCCUUUCUUGCAAGGAGGUUUAGUGUCCCAUCACGGUCCAAUGACAAGAUCACGGUCCAAGCUUCAGUUUCGUCAUUCGCUGAGAUCGCCCAAAGCUCCAACCCCAAAGGAUAGUAUUCCAGAGUUCCAAAUGGCAGAGGCGCCAUCUCUACCCCAACACAAGGGAGUUGCUCAUGGUGGUACCAUGACAAGAUCACGGUCCAAGCUUCAAAUUAGGCACUCUCUGGGGUUAAACAAUGUUCCGAUUCCAAAUGAGAGCAUUCCAGAAUUCCAACUGACACAGGCACCUUGGAUGCCGCACCCAUGCAAGGCAAGCAAUCCCUUUUUGCGAGGCGGAUUGGUCAUCGAGCGAAGCGUACCUUGCCCUGCAACUCAGGGUCUGCAGAAAUACCUUCAAGCAGCUCCACAAGCACGAAACAGCAACAAGAACAAGAUUCAGCCCAGCCUAGGAGUAUGCAAGACAGUAAGCGUACGAGAUCUUGAAUUUGACAAAUUGAGUUUGAACCCUUCUGUCUCUAUUUCCCAGGUGAACAGGGGCCCUGCUUCGGCUUGAUCAAGAUGCAUCAUCAAAUCCUUCACUAGAAAACGAAAUUAGAUAAAAAUUUCUCUUUGCAAUAUG